UAGAGGUGACGAUAUCCACCUAAUCGGAUCCGGCUAGGAACCAGCGCUCCCCUGCUCUCGGCCUGCUAUAUUUUCACUCGCACUAAUUGCUAUCGAUGGCCGCCUUCGCUCCUCCGCCUUGCCACGCUUCUCCUCAGCCCUUGUGCUCUCCUCCUACUCUUAUACCUCUUAUUCUCCUCUCAGCUUCAUCUCUUCAUCUCAACCCCAACCGAAAGUCCGAAGCCCAAACAUUCUCUCUAGCAGUGCCGCCAGCGACGACUGCUGCUCGCAGGCGACAGAGGUUUCUCCGCCAUUGCACCGCUUACAUCUAUGGGGGAGACCGGACGAUCGAUACGCAGACCCUCAUUGUCUCCGUUAGUGUCAUUGCUGCGGUUGCCCUGUCUCUGUUCCUAGGGCUGAAGGGAGAUCCCUUGCCUUGCAAUAGAUGCGGUGGAAAUGUGUUGUUGAUCAAUUCAGAAGACAAUUUACUCACCUAGAGGAGAAUAGCGGUAAAACUGGUCCAGUAAUUUCGCUAGAAAGGAAUCAUGCUUCUCUUCCCAGGUGGUACAAAGUGUGUAUUUUGCACUAAUGGUAAGAUGAAGUGAGAAACUGGCUUGGUUGAUUGUCGAGCAUGUAAAGGAGCAGGGCUUAUCCUCUGUAAGAGAUGUGGUGGUUCUGGAUAUUCAAGGCGCCUGUGAAGUUGAUGUGUGGUUCAUGGUAAUUCAAAGCCAGAAGCAUAAAAAUAAGAGGCUGCUGAUCAUAUUGCUUUGAAGGUGGCUUUGAAAAAUGUAAGUACUGGCUUUUUUGUCAUUAUCUUGUACAUGCUCUGAUGUCUCACUGGUUCUAUGCUACAUUUGUAAAUAUUAUGUUUC